AUGGAUGAACUACGCUUUCGCUCCCAGCAGUCCCCGCGGGGCAACGACCCGUCUAUGCAUUCGUUUGUCUCACCUACUCGAAAUGCCUCCAGGAUGCCUGCCCCCCAGGUCAACCCUCAUGCCGGCGCCCAUGACCAUCGAUCUGGCCUGCCUCGCCGCUUCACCACCGAUUCUGGUCGAGUCCCGACACUUUCCUCCCUGGGUGCUCAACGGGUGCCCGAACCCUCGCAGGACUAUAAUGCAAUGCACAAGGUGCAAUUGACUCAGAUCGAGAAGAAAAAGAUGGAAUAUGAACGAAUCCGGGAGCAACGGCGGAGGUUUGAGCUCGAGAUGCAAAAGCUGGAUCAACAACAAAGACGAGAGGCUUUGGAACUUGCUCAGAUGGAGGAGGAAGUUGGUAGAAUGGGCGGCCAUCAGUCCGAGCCCACAACUCCCCCCGAAUACCGAGAUAACUCUGGAUUCCCUACGUUUUUAUCACGACCGAGCCGAUACUCUAUGUCUAGCUUGACCUCUCCCCCAGGUCUAUUCAACCGCCCUGUCAGAUCCGGAUCGCAACUCGCAUCUCCCCAAUCCGGUAUCAGACAGGCACGCUUUGGAUUUGAGGAUACUACGACCCAGAUGCCUUCUCGUUCUGUGCCAACUACGCGAAGGAACAGUGAUGAUGAGAAGGAGGAGGCUGUUCGACAAGAUCCCAGCAGUCAUCGCUCUGGUAAUGCCAUCAACCGAUACUCGAUGCCUGUGACGCGCUCACGUACGGGGAUAUAUGACGUUGGUCUUGAUCAAACAAACACUACUCGUUUUCUCUUUGGCGACGAAGAGACGAAUUCGGGAGGACAUAGUGGCCCUGAUGCAAACUUCCCAACUCUUGUUCGUCACGACGAUCAGAUUCUCUCAGCGUCCUCGGCCGCCUUAGAUCUUGCCCUAUCCCCGUCUCCUAAUCCCGAGUCGACAUCUUCUUCAAGAGGUUGGAGCCGUGUUGUUAACCGUCAUCGCCCCCAGCAGAGUCUCUCUUCGAUCAACGGAAGCUCCAACAUCGUGAGCGAUCUUGUUGGCCUGGCAUCUCGACCUACUUCCCUCCGCCAUUCUAUGGAUCUUAAGUAUAUCUCGGAAAACGCAGUCGAGACUGGUGCCAUCAUGUCUCCCAGUGCGACUCCCAACAUGGCGACUCCCCCUAAGCUGCAGAGCUCGUUCUCUUCGAGUGAUGUUCCAACGGUCAAGAGCCCUGGGACUUCGUCUUCAAAGACAAACAACCAUGCACAGCAGCAUUUCCACAACCACAAUGCUAGCCUUGGCCGCAUUCCAGCUGGCGCGGUCCAUCGUGGCCACAGCCGGGAGCUCUCUUCAGAAAACCCUGCUGUUAGCCGUGAGCAGCACAACUAUCCUUCAAUCCAGUCUGCCCUGCAGGCCAGUGCCGCUCCCUUUGGGCCCAGUACCACAGCUGCAGUGCAACCCUCUGCUAUGGUGAACCCUUCAGCUGGGGCCGCAGCCGCGAACAACAACUACAACAACAAUGUGUUCUAUUCUGCCAACGGGUAUGGCGCUCCUCAAGGUAUUCCCCAAGGCGGCAUUCCCCAGGUGAUGCCCCAGGGUGCCCCCCAUCAGCCAGGAGGAUACAAUGUCAAUAUGCUCGCGAACAGUAUGCAGCAGAUGAACAUGAAUGGCGCCAACGGUAGCAACAUGUAUCAGCCUCAGAACUACAACGGCUACAACGCCGGUCCGUAUAAUCAGGGUAACCAGCCUCGAGAUAGCCAGGCACGCGUCAUUCAGCAUCGCCGACAGCUUGACAAUGAAGCCAUGUCUCGCUACCAGAACACGCCCCUUGAUUCCUUUGUGGGCAACAUCUAUGAGCUUUGCAAGGACCAACAUGGCUGCCGUUACCUCCAGAAGAAGCUUGAGGAGCGCAACGCCGAUCAGGUUCACAUGAUUUGGGUCGAAACCAACCAGCACGUCAUUGAGCUCAUGACGGACCCGUUUGGUAAUUAUUUGUGCCAAAAGCUCCUUGAGUUCUGCAAUGACGAUGAGAGGACUGUUUUGAUUCAAAAUGCUUCCCAGGAUAUGGUCCGCAUUGCGCUCAACCAGCACGGCACACGCGCACUCCAGAAGAUGAUCGAGUAUGUGAGCACCCCUCAGCAGGUCCACAUCAUUAUUGAGGCUCUUCGCUACCGGGUUGUGGAGCUUAUCCAGGACCUCAACGGCAACCAUGUCAUUCAGAAGUGUCUCAACAAACUUACCCCUCCUGACGCGCAGUUCAUCUUUGACGCUGUCGGCGGCAGCUGUGUCGAAGUGGGCACUCACCGACACGGCUGCUGUGUUCUUCAGCGCUGUAUCGACCAUGCCUCUGGCGACCAGAAGCUCUGGCUUAUCCAGCGAAUCACUGAGCACGCACGAAUCCUUGUCCAGGACCCCUUCGGCAACUACGUCGUUCAGUACAUCAUUGACUUGAACGAACCUCUGUUCACCGAGCCUAUUGUUCUUACCUUUAAGGAUUGUAUCACUCAGCUGUCCCGCCAUAAGUUCAGCUCCAACGUCAUCGAGAAGUGCCUGCGCUGCGCCCAGCCACCUUCCAAGGAUCUGAUUGUGGAGGAACUACUACGCAACCAGGAGAUGGAGCGCCUCCUCCGGGACUCAUUCGCCAACUAUGUCAUUCAGACUGCUCUCGAGUAUGCUACUCCUCAUCAAAAGCAUCGCCUUGUAGAGGCCAUCCGCCCCAUCCUUCCCCAGAUUCGAACAACUCCCUACGGCCGUCGUAUUCAAGCUAAGAUCUCGGCCUUCGACAACCGUGGAAGCGCUGCCUCAAGCGGGCAAGUGACACCAGCCGACAACACCCAGGGUCAAAUUCCUAUGCGCGCUACUCACGCUCGAGGUAUUUCUGGAGGUGCCCCUAUUCUCCAGGGCAAUGGUAUGCCUCACAGUGGGCCUAUGCCACCUAUGCGCCAGAACAUGCCCAUCUACUCUCCCAACCCCGCCAUGAAUGGUCAAGUUCCCACUUCUGGGGGUCCUGUUCAGCAGCCUCAGUACGGACAGAUGACUCCUGGCAAUUUUGCUCCCAAUGCUGCUGCCAACGGUGCAGCUAAUGGCAGCGCCGGUAACAGUAACUUUGCUGGCCAAGCCAGUGACAACAGCGGCCCUACGAGCCCUACCAAUGGCAAUGGAAAUGUCAGCACGGGUCAGGGCGAAACGCAGUGGCUGUAG